AUGGAACUCCUUUCCUCUAAAGGUAGAUUAAUUCCUAACUACAACUGUGACAUCCAGAAAUAUCCAGUAGCAAUAAUUGGAGGGCCUGAAACUGAAGUAUGCCUUCACAUGGCCAUCAUUCUGCACAUCUACAAGUUUCCUCAGUUCAUGUAUGGCUCUGCUCCAAUAACAAAUAAGGACAAACAGGCUGGUUACUAUCACCAAAUGUUUCCUAAUACGGACCAUCAGUAUAAGGGAAUUCUUCAGCUGCUGCAACAUUUUAAGUGGACAUGGAUUGGGGUUGUAUCUGUGAAUAAUGACAAUGGAGAAAAGUUUGUACAAAAUGUGGUACCAAUGUUUGCUGAGAGUGGGAUCUGCUUUGACUUCAUUGAAAGAUUCCCAAUGAUUUCUUAUUCCAGUGACAUUGUCAAUAUGGUGAAAGAAGGAAUGAAAAUGUACUCUGUUGUCAUGAACAGCACUGUAAACUCAGUGUUAAUUUUAGGUGAAAUUGAUAUAAUGAUAAUUUUGAGAAUGGUUCCCACUAUGGCAAAAUAUGAAGAUAUACCAUUAAAAGGAAAUGGUAAAAUCUGGAUUAUGACAGCCCAGAUGGAUUUCACAUCUCUUCCCUUUCAGAAACAGGAAGAUCUAGAUUUUCUCCGUGGUGCUCUGUCUUUUGCAGUUCAUUCAAGAGAGGUCCUAGGGUUUCGGGAAUUUCUUCAGACAAUAAAACCGAACUUCAGUCAAGAAGAUGGGUUUAUUAGGGUUUUCUGGAAGGAGGCGUUUGGAUGUGUGUUCUCAGGCUCCAUGGUAGAUGGGGAACCCAACUCCAUGAUGGAGAGUCAACCGAUCUGCACCGGGGAGGAGAAGCUAGAGACCCUCCCUGCAUCUGUUUUUGAAAUGGACAUGACUGGCCACAGCUAUAGCACCUACAGUACAGUCUAUAUUUUGGCCCAGGCAUUAAAUGUUGUUCAUUCAAAUACCUUGAAGCAUAGAGCAAGAAGAGGGGAAGUAAGUCCUGUUGAACUUGUGAAACUUCACCCAUGGAAGCUCAAUAAAAUUGUUAGAAGCAUCUCAUUCAAUAAUACUGCAGGAGAAACACUAUCUUUUAACCAAAAUGGAGAACUAGAGGCUGGAUUUGAUGUCAUCAAUUGGGUCACAUUCCCAAACAAGUCCUUCAAGAAAGUCAAAGUUGGUGGAAUAGGGUCUGUGACUUCCCAAGAGGACAUGUUAAUGAUCUAUGAGGAAGCCAUCAUUUGGCCAA